ACAAAAUUCCUGACCGAGCAGCUUUUGCCGCUUCACAAAAUUUCGCCCACUCGUUGCGAGCACAGCUACCUAGUCAUGAAGCAUGAGAGUAUUACCACAACAAGUUAGCUCACCGGUGAAACUGCCCAUCAGCCGGUCCCUGGUCGCAGCACGGAUAACAGUCCUGGGCAGCGGUAUGCAGCAAGCAAAGCGUCAAAAGACAACUCAAGCUAUUAACUCCGGCGCUGAGCCGGCCGCUAGCGCAAAGGGCGGCAUGGCCGAAGGGCGCCAUCCGCAGUCCGCUGUUGGGGGACCAGUCCAAGCUUCAGAGGAGCCAGAGGCCAACGCGCCCACCACCAGCGCUGCUGCGAAGGGGACAUUCAGGUUCUGGCAUGAAGAGAGGCGCUUCAAGGGCAGCGGCGAGCGGUGCAUCGUCCAGCGGGCUCUUUUCGAACACGGCGGCGUGCGCAUCGGCGGCUACCCCAAGGCGGCGCCGGUGGCUGGGCCGCUGGGGUGGCAGCGCCCCGGCGACUGGGACUUCCUGUGGGCGCCUGCCCGCCUGGCGCUCAAAGCCAUCCCGCACCUCAAGCCGGGGCAGCUGGUGUCGGCGUGCCCUGGACUCAUGAGCAUCACCAAAAAGCGGCGGCUGCCGGCGACGCUUAAGGAGGCGCUGGGCGAGGCCCUGGCCUGGGACAUCGUGCCGCACUCGUUCAGCCUGCCCGAAGAGCUGCCCCAGCUCGGCGCCUUUGUGGCGGAGCAGACCGGCAACCCCGCGGCAGCCCCCGGCGCGGCGGCAGCAGCGGCGUCUGGGUCGGGUUGCGGCGGCGCGAGCAGCAGCAGCGGGUCAGACGGCGAGGAGCCGGCGCCCGCCGCCGGGGCGCGAUCAGGCGCGGCGGGCGGCAGCGCUGCCAACAGCAGUACCAGUGGCAACACGGCGGGCGCGGGAAGCAGCAGCAGUGGAGGAGGGGCAGGCGGCGGGGUGGAUGAAGGGGUCGGCGGGGGCAAGGGGCAGGAGCUGUGGAUUCUGAAGACGGCGCAGCACCUGGGCAAGGGGCUGAAGCUGAUGCCGCUGGAGGCGGUGGCGCUGGAGGCAGCCAAGCCCAGGAGGAGGCCCGGCCAGAAGCCGUACGUGUUGGCGCAGCGCUACGUGGAGCGGCCGCUGCUGGUGGACGGGCGCAAGUUCGGGCUGCGCGUGUGGGUGGCGGUGACGGGCCACUCGCCGCUGCGCGCCUACCUGCACUGCAACGGACUGGUGCUGUUCAGCACGCACGGCUACGACCAGUCUGCCUGGCGCACCGAGUCGGGCGACGUGGCUCUGGGCCACGUGACCAACUACGCACAGAACAUGGACGGCACGGUGUGGGACCUGCAGCAGCUGGAGGAACACAUGGGUGCUGAGGCGUAUGGGCGCAUGUGGUCGCGAGUGCAGCGCCACAGCGCCCUGGUCAUUGCGGCGUCACUCAAACACAUCAAGGCGGAGCACGAGGCGCUCAAGUGCCCCAGCGGCAUGACCUGCGAGGUGGUGGGUCUGGACUACCUCAUUGACGCCGACUUGCACCCCUGGCUGCUGGAGGUGAACGGCACGCCAUCGCUGCAGGUGGAGCACGAGGACGGCGCUGUGGAGCGGCUCAUCCACGACCAGAAGUACGGCAUGGUGCAGGACCUGAUGGGACUGCUGGGCAUGCACGAGCGCUUCAAGCCGCGCUACACCGCCCUGCGCGCCGCAGCCAAGGCCAAGCAGCAGGCAGUUGCGGCCGCAGCCACUGCCACCGCCGCCGCCGGCGGCAGCCUCGCCGCCGCCGUGGCCUCCGCCACCGCUGCCGUGGCGUCAGCCAAGCCUUCCGCUGCGCUCACCAAGAAGUUGAGGGAGCAGAUGGUGCCGAGCACGGAUGAGGGCGUUAUGGCACGUGUGGCGCAGGAGCUGACGCAUCGCGGCGGGUUCCAACCGCUGAUGCCAUUGAUGCCGCUGGAUCCAGCCCCGGGCCUGAACAUUCCGUGGGAUCCACGGGAUUUCGAGCUGCGGCGGUUGAUGACGGCGGCAGAGGUGUCAUUCAGCAGCGCUGCCGCCGCCUUCUACGCGCAGGGCGGCGGAGAUGAGGCAGCGGCUGGCGGCGCGGCGGGUGCGGGCGCGGGCGCGGGCAGCAGCAGUGCCGGCGACGCGGGCGCGGUGGCGCGCGGCGGCGGGAGUGGCAGCGCGGGCGCGUCGCCUGAGGAUCCGGCGGUGGCGGGGACAGGGCGUGCUGCGCGGCGGCCUGCACCGGGGAGCCGGGCGGCGGUGGGCCUGGGCGGCAGCGAUGAUGACGACGGGGAGGGCGGCGGGUUUGGCGACGAUGUGGAUGAUGAGGAUUCGGAGGAUGAUGAUUGAGGCCGUGUCGGUGCCGCGGCCGCGGGAGGUGAAUGGUUCGGGUUGCGGGUACGCCUCGACACAAGGUUUGGUGUGCGCAAUCCACAGAGGCGUGCGAGUGAUUGACAAGACUGUGGUGGGCGCGCGAUGUCCAUUGGCAGUUUCGUUUGGCCGCUAGUAGUGGCCACGCGUGACACAGCUGCUUUCCCCACACCUAUCCGCACUCACACUAGCACCAACCAUUGAGUCAAACUUAUGCGAACAUGUGCGCUGAACUUGGCCGACCAGGGCCGGCAGCCCAAUGUCGUGGUGUGGCGCGACAGGUGCCCAGGUUUGAGUCAAGACGCGUUGUGGGACGCUGGGCUUCAAAUGGCUCUUUAUUAGUUGUAACUGAUGGGCUGGCGGUCGGGCCGUAAGUGGAAAGUCCAGAACCGCUAUGGUUGCGAUAUUACAAAGAAGGGACAGUCCGACCAAGCAAGGGUGCCCAGCACCCAGGUCAAGAGGACCAUCUCCGGCCCGAAGGGAAACCACCCUCCCCCCAGUUGGGGAACCGCUAUGCAUUGCCAGUUGCCAGUGCAUUCCCAUUUGAUCUCGUUGGUAAUUGCGACUUGUACAUCAGGGCUGGGCGCAUAGAUGCAAGCGCAGCACCUUCCCCGGCGCAGCGUGUGGUAUGCAGGCGUCUAGUCCACGGUUGUGCCUGACUCGCAUGCCGGAGCCAGUACCUCCGCUUUUGUAAAUGCCAGUGACAAUGGCCAAUGCAGCGCACAACAGCUCGGUCUCUUCACAGUUCCUAGGAUCCAGGGUGCGCCUCUCAGGGACGGCAGCCUUGUGAUACCACC